UUUCGCCUAUUUUCCAAUGAUCUUCCUAAAGAUUGCGGCUGCUCUCGGUGUCCUGAGCCUGGCCAGGACCCAGGUCCCCUCAUGCUCUAACUUCGUCUCCACGAAAGAAUCCAUCUGCUUCGAGAUUUUCAGGCGAUUGGAGAAACAGAUUGUCGACUCGGACGCUAACCUCUAUUCUCUCCGCAAACUGUUUUAUCCGACGUCACAGAUGCAGCCCGCUCUGGUGAACGUCAGCUACGACCUCAAAGUCUCGUCGGUGCGCCACCGUUCGUGUUCCGGCGACCCCGAAUCGUCUACCAACCCUCGGUACGAUCACUUGCCUGAAGCAGUUCGCAACUUUCUGAAGGUCCACGCAUGGAGCUCCAAAAUCUUCUACACCCUGUUUCAUCCGGCGACCGUCAACAGACUCCAGCCGCAGUUGCUUCAAGAGAUACUGGCCGGAUUCAACAGUAUCGACACCACUAACUCGGUCCCGACUGCUCUAACCUGGCCUACAGUGGGACCCAUACUUACUGUGGAGGUGGCAAUAGACCUGCAGCUACCGUGCUGGCCUACAUUCUGCGCACUCGAAGAAAGUUUAAAUGAUCUCACGUCUGUUCUCAAGGUGUAUGCAGACUCACAAGAGAAUGUAUCGUCUUGGGGAGCAGAGGAGAGGGGAUACGCUUUACUAGGGAACGUGUUCAUAGACCAGUGGUGGAAAUACAUUGCUACUACAUAUCCAUCCAGCAGCUUUCUACCACUGGUGAACUUGAUCCUGUCGGUUGUCCUUACUCUCAUGAUCAGCUUUGGAGUCUACUAUGCCCUGUGGAACGUUGCUCCGGCAAACAGCGAGGAAAAAAACUUUUUGUUUAGUUACAGCAUCGUCUGGAGUGGUGUGGCCAUCCUUACUCAAGUCAACUUUUUCUUUCUACUCUUUGAAAUAGAAAGCAUAGAUAUCUGGUGUCGGUAUGAAGGUAGUUGUGCUGAGUCAGCUGCAGGAAAC